AUGCAUGUGUCAAGUGCUUCACGGGCUGUGAGGCAAGUCACCGUAGCGCUGGCUCGUCGAGCACAAGACUUCAUACGAUGGCCUGACGCUGCGGAGGGGGCAGCCUUGCAGCACAAGUUCUACGACAUGGCCGGCUUUCCUUUGGUCGUGGGUGCUGUUGACGGUACCCAUGUCCGGAUCCAGGCACCCCAUGUGCACGAGGAGGCGUACGUCAACCGCCAUGGAUACCAUUCCAUCAACGUACAGGUGGUCGUUGACGCCUCUUCUCGGAUUCGCAACGUGGUUGCAAGGUGGCCUGGAAGCACCCACGACUCUCGGAUCUUCACGGAGAGCACCUUGGCAGUCAAGCUGGCCAGUGGAGAGUACGACGGCCUGCUGCUUGGUGACAGCGGCUACUCCUGUCAACCUUGGCUGAUGACGCCAUUCCUGUCGCCGUCAUCAGCAGCCGAGGUCGCAUACAAUACGGCACACACGACGACAAGAAGCAUUGUUGAACGGACAAUCGGCCAACUCAAGCGGAGGUUCCAUUGCCUUCACGCUGAGCUCCGAAUGGCUCCAGAACGGUGCUGCGACAUCAUUGUCGCGUGCUGUGCCCUCCACAACCUGGCCAAGAGAUACCCCUGCAGGACACCCGUGGCCGCCAUCCCCGCUGAGGUUCCCGUUGAGCCCGUAGCAGCCAACCGUGCUGAGAGCAACGAGGCCCGAGACUUUAUUGUCAACCAUUUCUUCGGCUAAGUAUCCUGCUGUCGCUCGGCCCUUCUCUGGUACUGCUGUGCAGCCUCACGGGUCCAGCGCUGGUUGUGCUGCACAACAGGAGAGGCCAGUGUUCUCUGUGCUGCGUCGUCUUCAACUGUACUGCUGCCAGAUGACGAGGGUGGCGGCGUCGUCACCCUUCCCGUGCAGCUGCUGUAGUGACACGCAUGACCAGGAAAUUGUUUGAGGUUAAAGGGAUACUACAACAAAAUUUCGGGUUUCAUUUUUUGGUCUAUAUGUGUUCGAAGGAGCAGUAUCACAUCGAACACAACAAUAUCUUGUUAAAAAAGUCACGAAAAGGAAUUUUAAAACGAAUUAAGCGAUUGGCAAAGAGCACCAGGUGGAUGUCGCUAACGCCUCGUUUGUAAUGCCAGUCUAAGAACCUUGACAGCUAGUGACGGUAACUGUCUCGCCUCCGGCUACCACAAUAGAAGAGGGGAAGGAGGAACUCUCCUCUUCCAAAGAAUCCUUUUUGUAUGUCCCAGAAGUUGCUAUUGUCCCCCUACAAGAUUAUAAAAGAUUAACCCUUCACUCAAAAUUCGUACAAAAGCAGCCGCUUUGGUGGCUGGAACGACUAGGCCAUCCUCUCGACGUCAGCCUCGUCGCAGCUUUGCUCGUCCCGAGACGAACUACGUCACGAUUGCGUUGGGUGUCACAUGCUCUCCGCUGGCUGUUCUCCGAGCGCUUGUCAGGGUGGGCCGUUUGUAACGAAAACUAUAGCCACCAGGUUCAAAAUACAAACGUGCGAUUGUCAUUUAGGGAUACAGUGGAUCAUAUUCAACCUAUUUUUGAACACGACGGGUAUAUUUUUAAUUUCGUUGAGGUAUCCCUUUAACGCAUAAGCCUUUACAACGAUUAUCAGCAAACUUAAAAACCCAGGUCACUGACUGGCUGUGGAUGGCAGCCCGAGGUACAAUAUUGUCCUGCAUAAAGUUAAUGCUCGGGACGUGUUCCGAGCAUGCGCAGUGAGAAAAAUGGCAGCUCACAGAGGGCUAUUGUUGGGCAGGAGUGAACUUGUAAAUUUCAGCAUAACUUAGCAAACUGCAAGGGCUACAGCUCCAGAGAGCUGCUCAGAGCAUUGAAGCAAAGGAUUGUGACUAGACACCAUACUCGUGCACGUACGUCCUCCGUGACAUGAUUCUCUCCGUCCUCUAUCUCUCCAAGUGAUGCAUGAGGGCUGCAGUGCAUGACAUUUUUGACGUCACCCUGGAUCAGGGUACAUAUAUGUGUGGGAGAACUGAGUGCAACGUGCGGCAACCUUAAUCCAGAUGUGACAGUAACACUUGUCAUAAUUUUACCACAUAUGUUGGUGGUACAACAGACUGGAGUGCCUAACCCCGCAACUUUGUUUCAUUGGCGGUUGGUAGAGUCGCCACAUAGACAUUUGUACAAGAUUUAAAACAAGUAGAUGUGGCACACUCACACCAGCCGUCAUAUGUGAUUAUUGUGUACCCAAGCACUGUCCGGCUAACUGGGACAUUGAUACUUUUUCAGAUUUUGUUGGCACAGAUCAGCAUCGAAUAAGUCAUUGGUGCAUUCUCAACUUAAUCUCAUAAGCGUUACCAAAAAAGAAUGGAUUUUUGCUACGUUAGCAGGCAUGUACGAAGAUCAUGCAAAAACAUUUCCACUGACAGUGGAAAAAUUUGGGUAUUGAGUGACCUGACUUUGAAGAAAAUAGGUGAUCUCAACUUGAGAGAAAGACUACCAUAGCUUUGUUGAUUAUGAUGUAAAUAUUUCUUUGUAAUUUUGUGGUACAAAUAGUUUCAAACUGUGAGUUUUACUGCAUUUACCCUAAUAAAUGGUUUCAUUGGCACUUUUUCAGCAGUGCAGAAAUGGCUAAAUAUGUGAAGGUGGUGUCCUUGUGCUGUGUUCUGUUCUCUACUGGACAGGUUUUGACUCGUGCUCCUAAUAUUGUCGUUUUGCUUCAUGAAGUUGGUCUCUAUGUAAGGGCACGCAGCAGUAGUGUUAUGCAACUGACAUGUCUACUUUGAGAUGGAAAACCAAUAUAUUCUUUUAUGACAAUCCAAACUGUUCCCUAUGCUCAUCAAUGUUUUCUAGGAGCAUGCCAACAAUUGGUGACUUUUGAUAUGCCUUGUGUCUGUGCUCAGUUUCAUACCUAUCAUCAGUGACAGCAGAACAUCCCUAUCAUCAGUUUCAUAACUAUCAUCUUGUGGAAGUACUCAUAAUGUGACGAGCAGAACAGAAAAAGAAUGCACCUUCAGCGCGUGCUCAUUCUCUUCUGCUGCUUGUGCAUCCUUGUGCUGUCAGGGCUAGUAAGCUGUAACUGGGUGCAGAGCUUCCACUGUACUAUCGCCUCCAUUGUCACAGUCUACAUACAGUGUGCAAC